CUCACGCGACUCCUACCGGCAGAGACACCAACAGGCACCAGACUGAUGACGUGGUCCCGUCUGUCUUUGACCAGAGCAGCAGUAUGGCCGACCAGAGCAGGCAAAUAAAACUCGCUGCAGCUAAGAAAAAGCUGAAGGAGUUUCAGCAGAAGAGCUCCCCUGUUAGUGUGGGAGUAGAAAAGGGUGAUGGUGGUAGUGGAGGAGGAGGAGGAGGAGGAGGCGGCGGUGGUGGUGGAGGAGCCAAGAAGAAGAGGAAAGUGAAAGGAUUGAACCAACAUGAUGCACCUUCAACAGACAGAAACUCUCCAGAUAAUUUUGACCGUAUUCUGAAAGCACUUAGUCAAAGCAAUGGAGUAGUCCUGCCUCCUUAUGGCAACAGUCAGGCCUUUGCUGACAUGGAGGCCAUCGGGUCUUCAGUUCCCCAGGCGCUGGAGGAGUCAAAGGGCGAGCUGGGUCCUGGCUCACCUGUGUCUAACCUCGCUAGCAUUAACACUGCUACUAACCCUGAGUCUGUUGGUCACAACGCUGACCUCCAGGACUAUCCCAAUACCAAUGGAAACGGGCGUUUAAAAGAAGAAAAUAGACCACUGUCUUCCACAGAGAGCCUGCGGCAGCUCUCACAGCAGCUAAACGGCCUCGUCUCUGAGUCAUCUUCUGCGUAUGUCAAUGGAGACAGUCCCCCUCCUGUUAGUGAGAGAGAGCUUGAGGAUCGGAGCCAGGAGCUGGCAGCCGCCCUGGAGUCCAGCAAGCUAACAAACACUCAGUUAAAUACCAAGCUAGACCAGCUGGCACAGCAAUCUCAGGUGCUUUCUGAUCAGAUACAAAAGGAGCGAAAAGACUUUGAGCAGAGAUUUUCAAAAGAGCAGGGAGCCAUGCGAGAGCAACUGCAGGUCCACAUCCAGACCAUUGGUAUACUGGUAUCUGAAAAAUCAGAGUUACAAACGGCACUACAAUACACACAGCAGGCCGCACGGCAGAAAGCAGCUGAGGCAGAGGAGUUGAACAACCGUCUACAGGCAACAAAGCAGAGAGUUUCCGAGCUGGAGAGAACACUUUCUUCUGUCUCAACACAGCAGAAACAAUUUGAAAAGCACAACAAAGAGUUUGAAAAGGAGAGGGACAGCCUGAGGCUAGAGGUGUUUAGACUAAAUAAUUUGAGUGAGGAGUCGAAGCAGCAGAAGUCAGAGCUGUCAGAGAAGAUAAAGCUGAGCACACAGGAGAAUGGCGCAAUGAGGCUGGAGGUGGAAGAUCUUCGCAAGAGACUCGAGAUAGCUGACCUCAUGUUGCAACAGUUCUCCAGUCAGUCAGAUCCCUCCAAUGCCAACCAGCAGGUGCAGUUACUGCUGGGAGAGAAGCAGCAAGUGGAAGAACAUAAUCACCAGCUGAUGGAGUCAAUUGCCCAGCUGCAGAAAGAGAGGGAUUGCUACGCAGAGCAGAUCCAGGAGGAGGGUCGUCUAUGGAAGGAUAAAACAGAACAGCUGCUGACACAGGUGUCUUUGGUGGCAGAGGAGAGGGACCAAAACAUUAGCCGUGUCCAGCAGCUGGAAGCUCGCAUCACAGAGCUAAAUAAUGCUGCGGUUUUGUUGUCCCAGGAGAGAGAGACCCUGGAUAAUACAGAGCCUCAAUCGUCGGGGCCAUCAGAGAGCGAGGUGGCUCUUCAAGAAGCCCUCAACUCUCUACAUCAGGAGAAAGACGCUCUUAUCGCACAGUACCAGGCACAGCUACGAGACAACGAGCAGCUUAGCCGCCUGUGUGUGGAGCAGGAGACGCGUCUGGGGGAGAUGGAGCGGCAGGUAGAGAGACAGGUUGAGGAGGGAGACGACCGCCGGCGCAUGCUGGAGGAUGUUCAGUCAGACAAGGCCACUAUAAGCCGUGCUCUGUCCCAGAACCGAACACUGAAGGACCAGUUGGCGGAGCUCCAGAAUGGUUUUGUCAAACUGACUAAUGAGAACAUGGAGCUGACCACUGCCAUCCAGUCAGAGCAACAUGUGAAAAAAGAGCUGGCUCGCAGAAUGGGUGAACUGCAAGAGGAACUGCACGACGUCAAGGAGCAGCUGGAACUGAAAGGUACGGAUGUCCAGAGUUUGAUAGAGCAGAGGGACCAGGUUGUGGCCCACCUGCAGCAAUAUUCGGCAGGUUACCAGACCCUGGCCUCAGAGAGGGAGCAGAUGCACCACCAGUAUCUGCAGCAGAUCCAGCUCAUGGACCGGCUCCAGCACGAUGAAAGCCAGGGCCGCGUGCAACUGGAGAUCAGUCACAAUCAGCUCAAGCAAGCGCAGGAGCAUCUGGAAAUGUUAGUCAAAGACAAUGAGCAUCUGAAAGCCGAGGUGAAGGAGCUGCUCUACAGCUCAACUCUUGUCACAUCAUCCAGAGACCAAGGCGAUGGAGUGGAGAGCCAGUCACUGCAAGAGAGCCCAGAGAAAUCCUCACCAAUAAUUAUCCCUGAAGACUUCGAGAGCCAUAAAGAGAUGGAGGAGUUCAUCCGAGAGGCUUUGGCUCAGCUGGAGGCAGAGAGGGACGAGGCCAGAAGGCAACUGGAGGAGGAACACCGGCUCCACAUGGCGGCCAGACACCAGGCCGCUCUGGCCCUCAGCCUUGAGCAGCAACAGCACAGCUACACACCUGUUUACGACCAUCAUCACGACCACGAGCACGGUCACGCUGAGGGCGAGCACGGCCACUGUGAACACAGUCACGAGCAUUCGGAAGGAGGAGUACCGGUGGAAGUUCAUCAGGCCCUGCAAGCUGCCAUGGAGAAGCUGCAGCAGCGCUUCUCCUCCCUCAUGAGGGAGAAAGCCGACCUGAGGGAGAGGGUGGAGGAGCUGGAGCACCGCUGCAUCCAGCUGUCUGGAGAGACUGACACUAUAGGGGAGUACAUAGCUCUGUACCAAAAUCAGCGGGCCAUCAUGAAGCAGAAACACCAAGAGAAGGAGCAGUACAUCAGCAUGCUGGCCCAGGACAAGGAGGAGAUGAAAGCGAAGCUGGCCGAGCUGCAGGAUCUGGUGAUGAGGCUGGUGGCGGAGAGGAACGACUGGUACAGCCGCUACACCGGAGCUGUGGCCGGCACAAUGAACCCCGACCUUCUUCCUGCUGGAGCGGAUCACGCUCACACAGAGCACCAUGGAGACGCACCCCUCAAUGCUGUCAAUGGAGCAGAAGCCAUGGAGAUCAUUCCUUUGUCAGAGACUGGCCCUGAAGCCCCCUCGUCCCAGAAGCUGUCGAGCGGGACGGCGCCAGAAGAGGACGGCACGGCCCAGCAGAUCAUGCAGCUGCUCCAGGAGAUCCAGAACCCCCAGGCAGCACAAAGAACCCCCCCUUUCCUCGGGGAGAACCCGUGCAUCCCCUUCUUCUACCGGCCCGACGAACAGGACGAAGUCAAGAUCCUGGUGGUGUGAGGAGGUGGUGUGACUGAGUCUGCCGCGUGUACGUAUAUAUGAGAUAAUGGACAUGUCACACUUUUUAAGAGAUAGGACACCCUGCAACACUAUUCAGUGAUCUGAAUGUCUUUGACCCAGUUACAUCACAAUCCCCCCCCACCCUCCACUCUACUUGUGUUUGCACACACGUGUGCAUGGUUGAGGAGUGUGUUAUCUAUUUGUUUGUUGUUAUUUGUUUUGUUUAUGAUGCUCUUCCCUGAGAAAGCAGUAUUUCUCAGUGCAAUCUGAGUGUUCUCCACACCACCAUUUUUAAAUCACCAUUGCCCCUCUCAUCUCCCGUUUUUAGACAUAAGUGCAAUAAAGGGGCCUUAUAUUCUGAACCCUUGCUGAUACAAAACUACCAAGAGCUGUCAAAGGUGUGUGCAACUUCAGCGCAGUUUCUACACAAUCCACUGUACAAAUGCCAAAUAACAGCAUCGUGUUUGAAUGUAAUAACCCGAAUAUUUAACCAUAUGUUUGUGUAAUGGGAGGAGUGGUGAUGACGGCUAAUAGGCGGAAGAGGUGAAUAGAUGCAGAGGACGAUGGGAGUUUUAGUCAAGAGAGUUGAACUGCGUGUACGUGGACUUUAAGCUCUGAUUACGCAAUAGGAUUCAGGAAGAAAGGCAGGUGUCGUAGAGGAUCUGUUACUAAGAUAUCAUUUUUUUUCUAGUCUUUCUUCCAAACACUGAAAAAAAAGUAAAUUUUUCUACAAUGUGAAAUGUUAAUAUACGUGAACGGAUUGUGUUGUGAUGUUAAACAUCCUGUUAGACGGGGUGUCACCGCCGUUAUGAGACUGGGGUUACCUGAAGUCAUUCAGGGGAUAGAUGCAAUUCAUAGAUCCCAUGAAAACUUAUUUUUGUCAAAGUUAUUAAGACAUUAUUUAUAGAGGGUAAUUCUAAUAAACAAUGGAGCCGCUUUGCUUCGGGAUGCUUUCCACAUAAUUCUUUUCACCAUCUUGGCUUGAAAGAUACUGCUGUGCAGCGACUGGAGGAGGUUAAAGUCUGCUGGCGUUAAAAUGCACUCAUUCGUCAUCUCACGUCCUCAAAUGUUCUCCAACCUGAGGCAUUUGGUGCUCCUCCUCACUAAUGUCCACAUAUAUUCGUUUUAUUUCCCCUCCCCCCAUCACAGCUGCUCAGCUAUAACUGAGCCUGUAUGUAACUCUCAUGGGGUCUUUCCCAACAAACCUAAACUAUUGAUAUGAUCCUGUUCUUUUCUGUUACGUUUAGUUAUAUCAAAGAUGAAAGUUAUGCACAUCCUUUACAACUGGACUGUGAGUUUAUGUGGUGUGUGUGUGAGAUCUGUGGUACUUUUUGUAGAGUUCAAUCAGAUUAUAUAAGUAUGAUUGCAGUGACACUGUACAAAGCCUCUCAUUGGGCUCCUUCCUUUUGUGGCUGGUUGGACGGAGACGUCUCCACCACAGAACCCUUUGCCGGCUCCAUGACUUCUGCGGAGGAGAAGGGGAAUCCUAUGAAGCCACAGUCUUAAGCUGAGGGGUCCCACUGAAGUGACCUAAUGGGGGUUGGUUGGUGUGUGCGUGCGUGCUGUGCUGCACUCGAAGGGUGAAUUGCAGAUAUAAAUGAAAGGGGAAAUCUAAAAGGUAUGGGACCAAUCAGAAUUUGAGAGAAUGAUCAACUAAAACUGUAGUAUUGAUAUUUUGUAACUCCUGUAUUGACGUCACUCGAGUUAAUCUCCUUCAUCCAUCGAAAACCAAAACCUGGGUGAGAAUUUCGUUCUGAAACGUCUCACUUGAAGGGAGAGAUGCUCACGUUCACAAAUGUAGAUUGGAUUGACAAUUUCACUGUAGAGCCUUUUUUCCUUUUCAACUGGCAACCAAGAGCGACGCUAUGACAGCCCACUUGUUUCAUCUGAGAUUACAUCGCGGGAGAGGCUUCUGGUUUUUACAAAUUGUCCCAUUAUUUUAAUAUGCAAGGACAUGCGGGUCAUACAGAAAAUCCCAGUGACUGCUUACGGAGCUAUUUUAACCUCAUUUGGAUGUCUUUGAAUUUUAAGAUCCUCUCUGGUGUGUUUACUUUGGGGUAGAGGACACAUUUUUUCAAUUGUUAAAUAGCACACAUGAUAUUUAUUGUUAAAUGCAACGGGGCAAAUGGCAUUAGUGCAAAUUGUGGUAUUUUAAACCUUUUGGGUGAAAGUAAAUUUGUAAUGUGGAGGUCAUGUGUUCUUGACAGGUGUAGAAUUUUACAGGCAAAGUCAAAUGUGCGCCUUCAUAUUAAACUGAAACACUUUGUUAACAGGGUUUUUUUUAUUUUUUUUUAUUAAUUUACUUGAAUCAUUCUUGAUUUAAAAGAAAUUCCUCCCUUCGCAUUCUCUCACUUUUUUCUUUUGAAAAAUGCCACAAAAUGCAAUUUAUUUUUCUCCUCUUCUAUCCUUCCUUCCUUCUAGUGUUUCAGGGCUUGAAAAAUAACAAUUGAGACGGUGUUGAUGAAAUUACUUUCCCACGCUCUAAGUCACUGUUCAAUAUGUUAUGCGCAAUGAAACCAAUAGCAACGACAAAGCAUUUAUUGUAAGUAAAGGUGGUGUGUAUAUACUGUAACUGUGUAACAUAUUGUAUAUUCUCUAUGCCUGGUGUGUGAGGGGGAAAAGCUGCUCUGCCAUGGUCACUGGUCGUGUGGGCUGUCGUGGGCGGUUACUGACUGGCUGUGAUUUAAUACAGAGAAUGACAACAAAAAAAUAUUCUAUUUAUUUGGAAUAGGUUAGUAUCUCAACUAAUCAGUUUUAAUGUAAAAUAGAAGUCACUUUUGGAUGGAAAUGAAGGAUCGUUCAGAGAACUGAUUAGUUUGAGGGCUGCUUCUGACAGAAGCUUUCUGAUUUGUUGUUUUCCUCAAGUAAUAUUUUCUCCCCUUCUCCUGAUUAAAACUGAUUAAGCAAAUUGAACUCUGUCUGGAUUCCUUCAUUAAUUUGAUCUGAACUUUGGAGCUGCAGCAGGCAGUUUGUUGCUGAUAGCUUCAUGUGAGCCACAAUGGAUGAUGAAUAAAAGCAGCUAAAUGGAAUUCAGACAUCUUUUUUUGUUUGACCUUUUAUUUACACCUUUUGCCUUUUUCACAAACAAAAGGUCUGUUUCUUUGCUCACUCGUUUUCACAGUUAAGCACCAAACACACAAAGUAAGUUGAUGUUCACAUUUUAAACCAUCUUUCCUAUUAUUUUAAUUUGGUCGAUUGGGAUUUGAACGGAAUUAUUUUUCAGCUCCACACAUUCAAUGGGACUUUAUUCCACUGUGCGUUUAACAGCAGUUGAUGAGAUAUUUGCUUCAGAAGAACUUACAAAAAACGUUACGUUCCCUCAGAAGUAGUUGUUUGGUGAUAACAUUUAAUUUGCAAAAAAAAUGGCCUUUUAAAUGCAGUUUGAAUGGUAAACUGUGGCAAAGGUCCUGUGUUUCAAAAGAGUAACGCGUGUGUUGUAGACGUACGUGGGUGAUUUCAACACGUUGACCCAGGCUUUGAACAUUGAAAACCCCAAAUAGAGUAUCAGGGCUGUUAGCGUGGCGUCAG